AAGGACACAAGGGUCUGUACAAAGAGGUCAAGAUGGAGGAGGACCAGCCCCUCACAUCUCCAGAGAGAUCCAGUCAGAGGACAACACCAGAGAAAUGUCUGCGUCCUCUCCUUCCACAGGACAGUCAGAUGACUGUGCUGGGAGCUUGGAGAAACAUCUAAUAUCUACAUAUUGUAAUGCAGAUGAUCCAUGUGUCAUAUCAGAUACAUAUGAAGAGCGUGCCAUUAUCCCAGAUGUACCCUCAGACCUUCACAGCAAAAAUCUAUCAUCUCAUCCUUUAAAACAAGUACAAUCUUCUAAUCCAUCACAUACUCUUACUCAGAAUGAAACUCGCAGAAGACGUUCUGGAACCCAAAGAGCUCAGAAAAAGCUGUAUUCCUGUUCAGAAUGUGGAAAAUCUUUUACUCAGAAAUCACGUCUUCACAGCCACCAGAAACUUCACACAGGGGACAAGAUGUAUUCAUGUUCAGAAUGUAGGAAAUCUUUUACUGAAAAAUCAUCUCUGAUAAGCCAUCAGAAAAUUCACACAGGAGAGAAGCCGUUUUCAUGCUCAGAAUGUGGAAAAUGUUUUGCUAGAAAAACACAUCUUAAAAACCAUCAGAGAAUUCACACAGGAGAGAAGCCGUUUUCAUGUUCAGAAUGUGGCCAAUCUUAUACUAGAAAAACACAUCUUCAGAACCACCAGAGAAUUCACACGGGGGACAAGCCGUAUUCAUGUUCAGAAUGUACGAAAUCUUUUACUGAGAAAUCAUCUCUUAAGAGCCAUCAGAAAAUUCACACAGGAGAGAAGCCGUUUUCGUGUUCACAAUGUGCAAAAUGCUUUACUAGAAAGUCAACUCUUUUUCUACAUCAAAGAAGUCACACAGGAGAGAAGCUGUAUUCAUGUUCAGAAUGUGGAAAAUGUUUUACUAGAAAAACACAUCUUGCUAACCAUCAGAGAAUUCACACAGGAGAGAAGCCGUUUUCGUGUUCAGAAUGUGGCAAAUGAUUUACUCGGAAAUCAUCUCUUGUUCAACAUCAGAGAUUUCACAUCGGGAACAACCAAUUCUGAAUCCUUCCUGUAAAAUAUGCCAUGAAUUUCCAUAUUUUUUCUUGCUAUCAUUUAUAGCGAGAAGACUCAGCUUUGUUAUAAAAAUUAUUGCAUAUAUAUUGAAGCAGGAAUUAAAAGAAAAUAUCAGUAUAUUCAGAAGUGUAGUUACAGCUGUUAUAAUUGUAGAUAUUAAAGGGGUUGUGCAAGAAUGAGGGGGUUUGGCAAACUCCCCCACUUUACUGGAUCUGUAAAAGGAAGAUUACUUACCUGCUUCCUGCCGCUGGCUCUCCUCUCCUUCUCUUCAAAGCCUGCAAUGCUCAGCUGGGCUCAUCUGGUUUGACAAUGCCACAGCCGACAUUGGCCGCGGCAAAGACUGGAUCCCCUUGUGUCAUGUGACUAUUUGCCAUGACUUAAGGGAAACCAGGAACCAUGAUCGUCCAUGAAUUAUAUAAUGGACAUAUUGAAAAUAUUUGAGAGGAUAGGUCAUCAGUUAAAAAAUGUCAGAAAUAUGCUAGGGAUCGAGAGGUGGACUAAUCCAUUUCUUAUACAUAAAGUUUCCUAUGCUGAAACUCCCACACAUAUUUGUUCCAUCUAGGGUCUAUAUAACUUGCCCAUUAUCUCUUACCUUUUGCAAUGCAAUUUGUCUUGACAUUUUGUGGAUGUCCGAUGAUGCUAAAAUAUGUACAAUGUCACCUCAACCUGUACCAAGUUACCUUGUUAUGGUAGUCAUGGUUUAUGUCUACUUAUAAAAAUAAUAAAAACUUUAUAACAGAAAAAAAUAAACCAAUGACCCCACCCAGUGCACCUGAAGGGAGGCGGAUCUAGCAUGGCUCCAAAACAAAACAAAAAACGAAACGCGUGCUGCUAAUCUGGCCGACCUCCGCACAUAGUCAGAGCAGGGCAUGACACUAACGGGGUACUAGGGCCUCCUUUUAAUUGUACAGUUUUCCCCAAUAAAUGUAUCCUUUUGCUCUAAUAUUGCAAUCACUUAGAUGUAUAAUCAUUAUAUUUACACAUAUAAAGUUUAAUUCAAUUCCAACAAAAAAAAUAAAAAAUGUCAGAAAACCCUUUUAACUACUUCAUUCUUCGGUUUACUACCUGAGUUAUGAACAUUCCCAGACCCUUUGGACUCAUUUGCAGGUAAUGGUAAGGGACAUUUGGGGAAUAAUUAUAACCUUAAUCCCAGACUCUGUGCCCCCUCUAUAGUAAUAAAAUCCUCUGUGCCCCCGCCAUCAUAAUAAAGACCUCUGCCCCCCCUCCAUAGUAAGUCUUCUGUGCCCCCCUACAUAGUAGUAAUGCCCGCUGUGCCCCCUCCAUAGUAGUAAUGCCCUCUGUGCCCCCUCCAUAG